AUGUCUAAAUCCAUGCUGUUAGCUUUCAUUAUAUGGUGCAUAAAUGUUUCUGCAAAUGUAGAAAAGGUGAUUUUCAUCGCUCCAGACACACAGCCAAAGCCACAGGACACAAGUAUCGACAAUCUCCUCCUGACGCCACUGUCCGAAUCCUAUCCCGCUGUUCGAACAUACAUUAACGCAAGUUUCCCAACCAAUACAUCGCUCAAGGGAACCGAAUCCUGGUUCCUCCUGGACGGACUCAAACCUCGUCGACGCUAUGAAGUCAGAGUUUGCUGGCUAGCAACCCAACCAACGUCCUUUUGGCUCUACUCCCAUCAGGUUGACGCCGUCUUCUCUGAACCCACUCUCAUCUCGUCUUUAAGCACUUAUUCAUAUGCGAGACAUGAUCAACUCAAUUCGAACGAUUUGGAGCUCGUGAAGAACCGCAAGGCAAAACACGAUUCCAAACAAGAGUCGACAUUUCUCUUCCUGCAGGUCUUUGCAGCUGCGGACUAUUUCAGCCUGAACCAAACUCUCAUGGAUGAUGUGCCUCCAGUGGCGGUUGAUCUUAUAUUAGAUCCAUAUGUCUUGGACAUUCUUCCAAAGUCCCUGCUGCCGACUGGUCUGUAUCUUGGCGUCAUUGGAUUCAUUGCUUGGCAGGCCUCCAGUUGGAUUCUGCGGUGUCUUCCCUCAAGCAAUGCUGUCUCGAACAGAAUACCCUCGGAUAAAUCCGAUUAG